GCGUGUCACUGGCCGUACGUUCAACAAGUAAACAGGUUACCAGACAGACGCCGUGGAUUGUUGAAGUGUACGUAGCUAUCCUUUAUUUUUCUAUUUAUUUUAGUUAUUCAAGUUAUACUUUUUUUCAUUAAGGUCCAACAGCUGCUGAGGAUGCUGGGAGUCUCGCUGUUUUUUUUCUACCAUGUCAUGGCCCAGGGGACAUCUGAUGAAAUUAGAGUGAAAUGUUCUAAAUAUCAUGGGUCUCCUCCUGUCAAUGAAACAUCUCCAAGUUUACUGGCGGACCUGAGAGGGGAGCGAGUGACAGUGGGAGGAAAAGAUAUGAUGAACAUCAGCUGGGCAAUCAACAUUGAUGCCAGUAUUCGAACUCUGACAGGCACUCGGAUCAUAAUUGCCGGGGAAGCGUACCACUGUGAAUACAACUCAGUUUUGGCCACGGCAGGCCUCAGCUCAGAGCAGAAAUGGUUUUAUUAUUUAGUAAAAGCAAGCUAUGGCUCCAACCUCAUCCAAGCUGCCAAUCUUCCUUUGCCUCCACCAAAUAGCGGUCGCACUUAUAAGUAUAUCAACAUCGAAAUACCUCGUCCAGCAAGUGUUACAUCAAAGCCUACUACUACUACCUACUCACUAACUACAGGUCACAUAGGCUUAAAGGAAUUAGCCGUCAACUACACUGUGGGGGCCAUUUUUGGAGGACUGGCCGGUUUGAUGAUCCUAAGUUCCUGCUUCAUAUUCUGCAAAAGGCGGGGAACCAACUUUUCCAACCCAUUGGGUUUCGAAAAGUUGCCCACAUCUACCAUGGCUUCCAUCCCCGUCCUGGUGGUGUACCCUGCAGAGAAUUCAGCCUUUCAGCAGGCCGUGGUGGCCCUAGCUGAGUUCCUGCAGUGGCACGGCGGCUGCAGAGUAGCUGUGGACAUGUGGCAGCAGGGGAUGAUCGCCACGCUGGGGCCAAUGCGCUGGCUGGCGGAACAGGUCAAGGCUGCACACAGAGUGCUCAUCGUCUGCCCACUGUUCCCUUCACAGACCAGCCACUCUCCUCCAUACCACACAUUCCCAGAAUCCUCCAUCCCAGCAGCAGCUCAUGACCUUUACCCACUGAUUCUCAACAUGGUGGCGAGCCAUGCGAAGAGCGCCAGCGACUUGGAUAAGUUCUGGGUGGUGCAGCUGGGCGAGCAGCAGGACAACAAGCCUAGUAACCGUGCACCGGAACUGAGGGCCUGCAAGUCUUUUUGUCUGUUGAAAGACUUAAACAAGCUGCACAGGGGUCUGCAUACCCAGAGUCGGGAUAAGAAGAAGGUAUCCGAUCUGAUAUUCAGACCAGGGAAUGCCUACAGUGAAAAGUGUACAGUGAAGUUGAGGGAAGCUGUAGAAAAACUACGUGGACAUCAGCCAAGCAUUUUAAGAGAGGUGGAACCAUUGAGAUCCGUGGUCGCUAUUGUUUGAACAUCUUUACUGAAAAUGUUUAUAUUGGCGGGAAAAAGACGAUGAGUAGGAAUAGUUGAUUAGUGAAUAGCCGAGUCUUUCAUUUUGCUUUUCUGCAUUUAUUCACUUAUUUUGUUUUGUUAUGUUGUUUUUGUUUGUUGUUAUGGCAUAGACACAUGCUGAUAUUGGUUACUUAAACACUGGUGUGGACACUGCAGAGUGGAUAUGUGUCUCUGUCAGUAUUUCAUCUUUGGUUUGAAGCACUGCAAACCCUAUUUAUCUAUUUUGUAAUAACCUCAAAGUUUCCCAUUCUUUUUUGUUAUCCACCUCAAAGAGUCUCUGUCAGUGUUUUAUCUGUCGUCAUCAUCAUCAUGCUCUGUAAACUGAACAGUAGUACAAAAAAAGAAAUGGCCAACAAAGACCACUUCUCUGUUUGUGUAAUAGUUUUACGAAAUAAUGAACUUUUAGUAUUUGUUAUGUUUAUUUAAUCUGCAAUUCUUAUAUCUAUUAAAGAGAAAGAGGUGGUUGCUACCCCUGCAUUGUGUGCUUCUGAAUGGGAUCAAUGGGUAUAAAAAUUGAUGAAUAAUGUUCAUUGGAUUGUGUUUAUUGUUGAAUUUUUCUUUAAAUGG